CGGGUCCGCCGUAUUCGAGUGCGUGUGCCCAUUUCCCGGUCUCAACAAUCAACUGACCAUCUUCGAGUUCGGCACCGUGGAGAUCCAUAUCGUCCCAGUUCCCCAUCUCGUCUUUUUCGCUAUCAAAUAACCACCACCCAAGUAGAUUGUCCGCUUGAGCGUCUUGUGCGAAGACUGCAGGUGUCGAUAGGCUUAACACCAACAGGACAGCACAGAUGUAAUACACUUUUACUCUCAUGAUCAAUCGCUCCUCUUUAGGUUCAAAUUGAAGUUUCGAGCAGGCAGAUUCUCUUGGGGACAGGAAAC